UUCAUCUUGGUGAGAGCUGACAGGUUCACUCAGACACUCAUCAUAUAUCUUCACAUUAACUAAGAUUAUACACCUUAACACAUUGAUUAGGGGUCUCCAAUCAAAAGUACUUAACUGUAGCUGUAUGCUUUCAAGAAUGGCUAAAGUAACUCGCAGGUUUAUCGGUGUGAGCACUGUUGCGGAAGAAGAUAGAUCUGAGGCAUUUGAUGAAGAGCCUCAUGAUCCCACACUGACUCAGUUGGAUAUGGCUCACUACAGCCCCUCCCCCCCUCCCACCAUGUCAGAAUACCUUGGGCAGGGCCACACCACGCACCACCAUGCCGAAACCAAUGCUCCACCUUUUUACCAUAGUGUUCAUUCUACUCAGGCAGAACCAUUACCAAACCAUUCCAUACCUGUGACCCCACAAGUACACUCCUCGCACAUGACACCACAGUUUCCUUCAUCUAACAUGACUCCAUUGUUACCUCCACCAUUACCUUCCUCACACCUUCCUCCAUACAGUGUGCCAGCAGCUCCAUUGUAUGUCACUCAAACAGAGAUUAUUAAUGCAAGUAACUCUCCCUCAGAAAACACUCAAGAUGCUAGACACAACAUGCCUGCACCACCAGAAGUUACAUCUGGUUGUUCAUUUAAGAAUUUGGCACUGAUGUCCAGUUCACAGAAAGAUGUGGUCAGACAAUGCAAACUUCAUGAUCAUGGAAAACUCUGCAUUAAGAACAAUGAACACUGGAAAAAGAACGUAAGAAAAAAGUUGAAAAACCUCGGAAGAGCUUACACUAUGCAGAAUGGUAAAGAUGUUAAAGCCAAACAAUAUAAACCAGUCACUGUGUGUUGCAUCUUCAAGUGUUGUCAAAAUUAUGGCAUUAACAGUCAAAAAAGGGCAUUUUCUGAGUUUUGGAAUAUGGGGGAUUGGAAUAAACAAGCUCAAUUUUUAUGGGAUCACAUUAAUAUUACAAAGACAUCAAGGAAGACAGCUAAUUCAUCUUCUAGACGGGUUCACACCAGACAGUUUUACCUGCCCAAUUUACCAGAUGAUAAAACCAGGGUCUGUAAGAGCAUGUUUUUGGCUGUGUUGCAGAUAUCAAAUGGAAGAUUGAAUUAUACACUUAAUCAGAAAAUAAUAGCGGGAGCCGAUAAGGUACCAAAAGACAAGAGAGGGCUUAACACACCUAAAAACAAGACGACGGAAGAAGCUCUACGAGUGGCCGAGGAAUAUAUUCACGGCCUACCAUAUAAUCAAGUCUACCAAGAGAAGAAGGCAAAGAGCUCCGUCCUUCAGGGAGUAACUAUAAAGAAAACCCAUGCUGUAUAUAAACAGUCAUGUGUCGAGACAGGGAAGCCCAUUAUCAGCAUUAAAGUGUUCAGGAAGCUCUUACCAAGUGUUGGAAAGAAAGUUGUUUUAGACGAUUUUUUAGUGCGAGAACAACACGUAUCUAGAACAACCAAUCAAUACAGUGAUGCUUUUGAAAGUGAGAAGUCUCAAAAUUUAACAGAAAUCUGCCAUAUAUCCAAGGAAAGUCCAGUCUUCAGUAUAAAGGAGGCACAGCCCAGUGUGUGCACGGAGAUAUCCAGCAUACAGAAGGCACCCAUAGUGGCAGAAACUGUACCUGAUGCAGAUCAUCAGAAAGUUUCACAGAUUUCAAAUAGUAUCCAAGCAAGAAAGAGUCAGUUGGGAAAGCUAAGUGUUCGCAACAAACGUAAACAGCUUCGUAAUGAAGGGAAGAGCUACAUAGCUCCAUCUGGUAAAGUUGUGUGGGGAAAACAAUUUUUACCACAGUAUGCUUGUUGCAUUAACAAAUGCCAUGAAUCUAUUCCAGUGGAACAGCAAGAAAUUUUAUUCAGGAAAUACUGGGCAUUGGGUACAUGGAACCUGCAAACAAAAUUUCUUUGGGAACACAUAGAAGUCAAAGACACGAAAACAAAAUCUUCCAAAAAUGUGGAGUCGCGUCGUGUUCACACCAGAGUAUAUUAUCUCUCCAACUUUGAGGGGGAAAGAAAAAAGAUAUGUAAGACUCUGUUUUGUUCAACUCUUCAGAUUUCAAAUGGCAGACUAUCCAGGGCAAUUAAUCAGAAGGUAAUUAACCACACAAAUGUUCCUCAGGAUAAACGGGGCAAAAAUCCUCCGCAUAACAAAACUCCCGAGGCAGAAACAACAUACAUGAUAGGUCAGAUAAGACAGCUUGUACAACACCAAGAUGGCCAAUUGAUUAAAUCCAGUAGUUGUAAGCUGCCAUUAGGUAUGAAGAUGAAAAAAGCCCAUGAAAUGUACAUUACCUCAUGCCUGCAGACUGGAAGAAAGCCUCUAUGUUAUACAGUAUUCAGCCAAACAGUCCACAGGGAACUAGAGACGUCUCCAGAUAAAAGUGGUACAUCUGAUCCUAUCUAGUGACUGACCACAUAACAACCACCACUAUUACUACACAGUGCCAGACAUUGGUGCUAAUCUGACCGAUGAAAUGUACCAAGGAACUUACCAUGGAAA